UCAGCAUAUUUGUACAAAUGCUGAUGGAAGUUUUGAGUGUUCUUGCAAUACAGGUUACACUGGAGGUAGAUUUUGUACAGAAUUAGAUGAAUGUGCUUAUGGUGUAUCUAACUGCAACCAGACAUGCUUUAAUACUGUUGGUAGCUACUACUGUGGUUGUGAGUCUGGGUACAGCUUAAGCAAUGACAGUUAUUCUUGUAUAGAUCAUGAUGAAUGUGCUCAGGAAAUUGUUAUAUGUGAUCAUGUUUGUAUCAAUGAUCCUGGUUCAUUUCAUUGUGAAUGUAAUACUGGUUAUGCUUUAGCUGCCAAUAAAAUAUCAUGUAAAAAUAUUGAUGAAUGUCAAACUGAUACUGAUAAUUGUCAACAAGGUUGUACUGAUACAGAAGGUUCUUACACUUGCUAUUGCUAUUCUGGAUACCAAUUGAAUACCACAACCAAUGCAACUUGUUACGAUAUUGAUGAAUGUAUGGAUGGAACAUCUGACUGUAUUCAUUUGUGUAAUAACACUAUUGGUAGUUAUGUUUGUGGCUGUGAUAUUGGCUAUCAAUUAGACAGUGAUGGAGUAACAUGUAUUGAUAUUAAUGAAUGUGAUUCUAAUAAUACCGAAGAAUGUGAGGACAGGUUAGUCAGGCGGAGUCUGCCCUACCUGACUAAUAGAAAGUGUAUUACAGAAGAUAUUAAUGAGUGUAGCUUGUUCAAUGGUGGUUGUGAUCAUUAUUGUAGUAAUACUAUUGGAUCUUAUGACUGCUCAUGUAAAAAUGGAUAUACUUUAUCUUGCAAUGGACACAAUUGUUCAGAUAUUAAUGAGUGCAAUGAUGAUAAUGGAGGCUGUAGUCAAAUCUGUACGAACACUAUGGGUAGUUACUACUGUAGCUGUAAGAUUGGGUAUUAUAAUUUGACAGUUACUGCUGAGAAUUGCUCUGACAUCAAUGAGUGUGAGGAUAAUAAUGGUGGCUGUUCUCAAACUUGCAUUAAUGCUCCUGGAAGUUUUAAUUGUGAAUGUUAUGAUGGAUAUGAUUUCAUUAAUGGUAGCACUACAGACUGUACUGAUAUUGAUGAAUGUCUUACUAACAAUGGAAGUUGUCAGCAUGUUUGUACUAAUACAAAUGGAAGCUACUAUUGUACUUGUAAUCCUGGCUACAAUGGAAGCAUUUUCUGUUCAGAUAUUGACGAGUGUGAGCUAGACACUGAUAACUGCACUCAACAAUGCACUAAUACUGAUGGUAGCUACUACUGUAGUUGCUAUACUGGAUAUAUCUUUGAUAGCAGCAAUAAUCACACUUGCAUAGAUGAUGAUGAAUGCUCACAUAGCAGAGUUGUUUGUGAUCAGAUUUGCAUUAAUGAGGUGGGUUCAUUUCAGUGUGGCUGCAACACUGGUUACACUUUAGGUGACAAUGGAAUAACAUGCAAAGAUGUUGAUGAAUGUUUAUUGUAUAAUGGAAGAUGCCAACACAAUUGUACUAAUGAUUAUGGCUCUUAUUAUUGCAAUUGUAAAGAAGGAUUCACUUUAUCUAUUGAUGGUUUUAGCUGUGAAGGUAGUUCAAAAAAUACUGGAAGAAAUGAAGCUCAAAUGCACUGUAGUCACCCUCUUGGUAGUAAUUCUGAUGUGGCAUAUCUUUUAGCAAUAUUUUUGGAG